AUGAAUACCUUACUUUUACUCGUAUGUUUGUGGGCUGUGAGAGCGCAAGAACAGUCCUCACUGGCAGAACAAUCCAAACAGUACCUGGACAAACUCAACAAACUAUUAGGACCAGUUCCAACUAGGAAAGGUCCUGUGCUCUUCCCACCAUCACCUCCGGACCCACCAGCAGACAAUGUCGUAACUUUGAAACCUGAUGCCGAAUCAGUGAAUACCUUCCAAAAGCAUUAUUUCGCUAGACUGACGCAAUACAAGCCUGUAACAUUAGCCACCUUGUCUCCAGAAACGUUAGCACCAAGAAUUGAUUCUGUAGAUUAUGUUUACGAUGAAGCACCUUAUACAGAUAUUGAAAAGAAAUCAAUUGGUAACAACUUUGGAAGUAAUUAUAAUCAAUUUGAGACAAGAACUGCUUUGCCGUCAAUAUACAACGCUUUAGCUCAACAGACCACACAACGAUCUUACCCUGUCUACGAUUAUCAGUCCAAUAUACAAGUAAAUCAAAACAAAAACACCGAUAUAUCUGAAGAGGGAAACAAUUCGGAAAAUGAAAAGGACAAAAGCUACGCGUUUUCUUACACAGUAAAAGAUCAAAAAACAGGUGACGAUUUCUCUCAUUCACAACAAAGCAGUGGGUCAGCUACCAAUGGAGAAUAUCGUGUUAAAUUACCAGACGGACGCACACAAAUUGUGUCAUACACAGCCGAUGAAAACGGAUACAAAGCUGAUGUAAGAUAUGACGUAGAUACUCCUAAUAUCGAAUAUAAUUAUGAUAAUAUAAAAGCGAAUAAUCGAAAAGACUACAAUGAUUAUAACGCGCCAAAUGUUGCUAAAAUAAAUGAUAAUCAAACUCCUAAUAAAUUGGAUUACAAAGAUCUUUCAAAAGAAUAUUAUAAUGAUUAUUCUGCAGAAUAUAAUAGCAAAAAUUAUGAACCGCAUCAAAGUAAAUUUGCUAUUUUAUUUAAUAGUAAGAACAAUGAGUUAAAAGAUUUUAAUCAAUAUUUAACUACAGUUAAACCUUAUGUUAAACUUGAAGAUGUUUUAUCGAAAGCAUUACCUAAUGUUCAACCGACCUUUAACUAUUAUGCUAAAGAUCCUGCAGAAAAUGUUGUGUUAAUUGGUAAUCGAAAUACAUUUAAAAAUCCAUCAGAUACAAAUUUUAUUAAUUCGACACCAAGAAACUAUUUAGUAUCAACAAUAUCUAGUUUAAGAGAUAGAUCCAAACCUAUAUUAUCUGAUAGUUUUAUUAAUAGAAUUAAUAAAUACUUAUCUUUCAAAUAA